CUACAAUACCGUGAUGGAUUUAUACAACCAUGCCUCCGUACUCCCCAGUGUUUCUAGCCCCCAUCAUCGAGGUUUUAAUUCCCCAUUAGCAUCCCCUCGUCGCCAAACCGCUCCCACCAGGCCUCGCAAGCUACGUUAAAAGCACCGCCUAAAACCUAAUUACUCAUGAUGCUUCUCCUCCCCCUAGCCGCAUCCCUCGUCUUCAUCAACUUGGGCUUUGCGCUGCCGGUCAGCGUUGGCCUUGAGCUUGAAGAAAUUAACACCACCAACACCACCACAACGCUGCCGGAAUUCACGUUCCCACCCUGUAGUCCUAUUUCUAUUACUAUACUACCAGGCCCCACCCUCAGAGCCGAAAGCGACCAAGAAGCGCUACCUCCAAACGUGGAGGAGCAAUCAAACACGCUCCCCACCACACCCAACGCAAACGAGAGAGAGGAGAGCGUUUCAUGGAUCAAUCCGGUUACCUAUACUAUCAUCUGCUACGACUUCUUCAUCGCUAGUGUCUUCGUUUGGUGUUGGAUCCAAGGUUGUUUCUGGUGGUGGAGGAAAGAGAAUGUCAGUGGGUUGGAGGGGGGGUAUGAGAUGGAGGACUUGGGUACGAGAGGUGGUGGUGGUGGUAGGAGGGCCAGAAGCGAGCGGGAGCGGGAGAUUGAGAGAGAGAUGAGGAGGUUGGGUAUGAUUUAGAAGUGUGUGUGUGUGAGGUACAUUAGGCCAAUGUUUCAGAAAGGUUCAGAGAGAGAUUGUAGAUGGAAUUAAAGAUAGCCUGCCUAGACAUCUGACGAA